AUGGCAUCACACCCGGGAGGAGGCGAUAAAGGAAAUAGUAAAGAGCAGAUACUGGAAGUAGGAGCUGUUUUGUUAAAAGAUUUCAUCUUCGAGCGUGUUCGGCGGCAUGGAGACGACAGCGCUGUAGUGACGAGGGCACAGCUGGGCGGAGGAGAGCUGUGUGACCCAAACCACAAAAAGCUCGCUCAGUGCCUGCAACAGAUCGGAGAUGAGCUGGAUAGCAAUGCAGAGCUCCAAAGUAUGAUAAACAGCUCCUCACUCAGUCCAACGAAAGACAUGUUCAUGAAAGUUGCCAUCGAGAUCUUCUCAGAUGGAAAAUUCAACUGGGGCCGGGUCGUUGCGCUGUUCUACUUUGCCUGUCGACUCGUUAUCAAAGCUCUUGUGACCAAUGUUCCUGAUAUCAUCAGGACAAUUAUCACUUGGACCAUGGACUACCUCCGGGAACAUGUGAUCAAUUGGAUCAGGGACCAAGGCGGCUGGGAAGGCAUUCGCUCCCACUUCGGCACUCCCACAUGGCAAACGUUGGGCGUCUUCUUGGCGGGUGUCCUCACCACUGUUCUAGUCAUUCGCAAAUUGUGAGGGGUAUAUGAAGAGGCGCCAGAGGAAAGAUGAGAGUAACUGCAAUAACGGGGAACUGGGUACAGGAAGAGGACCAGGGAAACAGAAAGAAGCUAUGGCAUAGUGAACGAGUUGACCAGGAAGAACUUGCAUUUGGAUACAAGGAAGUUCUCUUCGCAUCUGCCUCCCAUUCAUUUCUAAGAAUUGGGAGUUGGACUUAAUGCACUGUCGCACCCAUAAUCCCUAUGCUGCCAAGGAAGUAAGGGGGAGGUUGGGGGUGGAGAGGUUGUCAGACUUGAACAGGGAAUGCAUUUUAAGUAAUUUAUUUUUUACUUGGUACAUAUUAAAAAAAAGUCAAUGCAUUCUGUUUUCUGCCCUAAAUGUCAAAAUGUAUACAAACUGACACGUUUCCUCUUUGCGUUAUUUUCAUUGUAGUUAUAUUUUUGUUUCUAUUCAACUUUUUCUCAUCUUUUUGCUCUCUAUAUAUUCUUUUUCAUCAUGUCUGUAUGAUUAAGAAUGCAUCAUCAUCUGUAUUUGUGAGUGAUUACUGGUGUAAAUCUGUAAUUGAUCUGCUGGCAAUGAACUUGAUGGAGAGAGGUCUCAUUCCAUCAAGUUUAAAACAAAAUUACAAACAUUUUUUCAAACAAUUAUUAGAUUUACCAAGAAGAUGAUGAAAUCAAAUCACACUUCAAAAACCAUAACCUUGUAAAUCAGUGAAUCAUAAUUUUAAGGGCCAGUUUAAAAAUAGGAACCUCAGCAAUUUGACAGUAAACAAUCUGAAUUCCUCUUUUGGGAAACAAUAAAUCAUAUGCUGCCAUUUUGCAGUUUGACCAGCAUUGUGACCUUAAUGUGGCUCACACAAAGAUUAACCCUGCCUAUCAAUAUUUGUCUGUGCUGCGAUCGGAGCCACGUGUCACGAACUGACAUUUCCUGUGACCUAUGAAAGACGUUGCACUGCAGAGACAAAAAGCACUGGACUCACAGAUACUUACCUCACUUUUUACACUAUUCAGAGUACUGUAUUUUUCACAUGAUUUUUUCAAACUGCAAUCUUAUCUCAGCAGAAAAGGACGUUUUAUACAUUUAAUUGUUUGUCAGUGCCUUGGUGUUUUUUUUACUAUGAAGUCACUUUGAUAUAGUCAAAUUUUUUCUCCUGUUUUCUAUCAUAUUUGCAAAGCCAGAAUUUGUUUCAAGUCCCCCCAAAAAUCCAUUUGCAGUGAUAUGUUUGCUGUAUUAUGAAAAAUAAAUCUUUUAACUCUUA